GAUGGCAACGUUUAGCUACCCAAUGCUCUUCAUAUUCUUCUUCCAUGUCCUCCUAGCUUUAUCGAUAGUUUCUAAUUUUUCCAUAGCUCAGGAAGCAGUAGGACCAGUUGCACGAGAUGGUGGCAAUGGCCGAAGGGAAUUGGUGCCGGCAAUGUUCGUGUUUGGAGACUCCCUCAUUGACAACGGCAACAACAACAACAUCCCCUCCUUUGCCAAGGCAAACUACUACCCUUAUGGCAUCGACUUUGCCGGCGGGCCGACCGGGAGGUUCUCCAAUGGCUACACCAUUGUGGAUGAGAUAGCCGUUCUCCUUGGACUACCUCUUAUUCCACCUUACUCCCAAGCUUCUGGUGAAGACCUCCUUCAUGGUGUUAACUAUGCCUCGGCUGCUGCUGGAAUUUUAGACAUCACCGGAAGAAACUUUGUGGGGAGGAUACCAUUCAAUCAGCAGAUCAGGAACUUCGAGUCGACGCUCGAUCGGAUCACCGGCAACUUAGGCGCUGAUCAUGUUGCCAAAGCCAUAGCUCGCUGCAUCUUCUUUGUGGGAAUGGGGAGCAAUGACUACCUAAACAACUAUCUGAUGCCAAACUAUAAUACACGGAACGUGUACAAUGCCGAGCAGUUUGCUGAGCUUCUGGUCCGGCAGUACUCCCGCCAGCUCGCUAGCUUAUACAACGUUGGAGCUCGGAGGUUUGUGAUCGCUGGAGUAGGAUCCAUGGCCUGUAUUCCAAGCAUCCUUGCACAAAAUCCUUCGAGUCAUUGCUCGCCUGAAGUUGAUAAUCUUCUGAUUCCCUUCAACAACAAGGUCAAGUCAAUGGUUGACAACCUCAAUGCAAAUCUCCCUGGUGCCAAGUUCAUAUACAUUGAUAACUUCGGGAUGAUCAGGGAUAUUCUCAUCCAUCCCACAUCUUAUGGAUUUAGCGUGAUUGACCGUGGGUGCUGCGGCAUUGGACGCAACAGUGGGCAGAUCACCUGCCUUCCUUUCCAGACUCCAUGCUCUGAUAGAAAUAAGUAUGUGUUUUGGGAUGCCUUCCACCCAACGGCAGCUGUGAACGUCAUAUUGGCAAAGAAAGCCUUCAGUGGCGGCACUGAUGUGGCGUACCCCAUGAACAUAGAGCAGCUCGCCGGCUUGGAACUUCAACAAAACUAGCAACUAGUCUCUAUGGAUGCGAGAGACAAGAAGAGUAAGAUGGGUUUUGAAUCUUUUGAUGGAAGUGAGGAGUAGUUUCAUGUGAUGUACGAGGAAAGGAACUAAAAAAAAUGGAGGGAAUUUAUUUUGACCU